AUGCUCUGCCUCUGGUGUGAAACGGGUUUAGCGGUGGGCCAAUGCCCUUUAGAAUUUUUGGUGCACUUGAGACAAGUUACCUCAAACUUUCGGUGUAAGCAUUUGCGGACUGUUGGUUCCCUUCUCAAUUCCCAAAUGCUAUAAAUGCAGCUCCACUCCCCUCUGCUUUUACUCUACACUUUCUCUUCAUUUCUACCUACUCACUCUUCUCUUGUUCAGUCAUCACUUUGUCUUUCUGGGUCCCUUGUUUACAGUUCCUCUGGGCAGUUAUAGCUUCCACUUUUUCAACUUGUUCUUUUACUUUUCUGGGAUUAAUUAUUAAGGGGAGGGGUUGGGGGUGCUGGGAGGUAGCUGCGAUAAGAGACCUCGAAUUUCGUGAAUACGAUGAUUCUGGCAUUCAACGGGUGCCGUCUGUGGAAAUUCUACCAGACUUUUGAUGAAAAAUCUAUUUUAGAGAGAAGCUUCUAUUUCUGGAUUUUCCAUAUCUUCAAUAGAUAUAGUCUGGAAACUUAGUGGCGGUUUACAUUAUCCCCCUUUGCAGAUCUCGGAAACUACCAUCAGUUCUCCGUAAAGCUUCGAGCUUUAUUUCCAGAAUUUGAUUCCCCCCCACUUCCUCUUCCUUUUUCAAGUUUCCAAAAUUGUUCGAGUCUUUCUUAGAAAGAAAGAAAUUACAAUGGGAGGUGCGGCACUGCCACCAGGUUUUCGAUUCCAUCCUACUGAUGAAGAACUGGUGGGAUAUUACCUGAAAAGAAAAGUGGAGGGACUGGAAAUUGAGCUUGAAGUUAUCCCCGUGAUUGAUCUUUACAAAUUUGAUCCCUGGGAGUUACCUGAGAAAUCAUUCCUUCCAAAGAGAGAUAUGGAAUGGUUUUUCUUCUGUCCCAGAGAUCGAAAAUAUCCGAAUGGUUCAAGAACAAAUAGAGCAACCAAAGCUGGGUACUGGAAAGCCACCGGAAAAGACAGGAAGGUUGUAUGCCACUCUUCUCCUUCCUCCGUCACCGGUUAUCGGAAGACUCUGGUUUUCUAUUGCGGUAGAGCUCCCUUAGGGGAUCGAACCGACUGGGUCAUGCACGAGUAUCGCCUUUGUGAUGAUCUUGCCCCAAGAUCACCGAGCUUUCAGGGUGCUUUUGCUUUAUGCCGAGUAGUGAAGAAGAAUGAGAAACCAAAUGAUUUGAAGGGAGAACACAAGGGUAAAAAGGCUGGAGGCAGUUCUGUUAAUGGGAAUGGCACCUCCAUGAAAAUCUCAAGCGAGCCUUUCAACAUCUCUGGUGACGUUUCGUCACAAACCAGUCAUCUGCACAAUGAGAGUGGCCAUUCAAGCCCUAUCGCUUCUCCCUCCAAUGCAGUUCAGACGUCUUCAAUGGAGACUAAUCCUUCAGAUAUCUGGAUCUCUCCAGAUUUUAUUCUUGAUUCUUCAAAGGACUAUCCUGAAGUACGACAUGCAGUGUCCGAGUACUUUCCACAGUAUGACUUGUCAAGUUCAGUGACCCCAUGGCAGCCAUUGGAACACAGAGACAUUUCGCCCUCUUCAUCGUACUCAAAUUUGAAUGGGGAAAUUGAAUUUGCCGGUGAUCUUAGCAUGUCAACCUACAUGGCACAAGCGAACUUCAUGGACUCCUACGGAAAUGACCCUGUGACCUAUGAAGGUUUUGACCACUUCAAUUCAAUCACGCAUCCAAGACAUUUCUGAAAAGACAAGCAGGCUAAGAUGAGAGUUUAGGAGAAUUUGGAGACGGUUUCUUGCCUGGAUGCGAGAGUCCAAUCCUAAUUAUUUAAACUAUGACCUGGUUUGUUAUUAGAAGGGAUAUCCGAGGCAACGCUUUUUUUAAUGUGUGUCUUGGAGUGACGAAUAAGACGUAAAAGUACACUUAUCAUGCACCAACCAGAGUUGUUUUUCUGUUUGAAGUGAUCGCGCAUGUUUGUCAUUUGUGUCACUAUGUAGUGUGGCCCGGUGAUCAUCACUUCUAUCGAUUUCACCCCUGAGAAUUGGUUUACUAUCAAUCUUCUGUAAAAGCGAGCUUCUAUGAUUAAGUAAAAGCUUCUUAUAAUA